AUGUCUUUGCUGGUGUUAUGGAAAGCAAGGACCGCUACGGCUGCAACCGAUAGAAUUAACUUGGGCACGGGGCACAAGGUGCUGGUCGAUAUCUCUAAUGAGCUGCCCAACGGAACGAGCUUCACCAUCCACUGCAAAUAUAAGGACGAUAACCUGAGGAAUCACUUUGUUGACCCACAGCAGAAGUACGGGUUCAAAUUCAGGACUAACUUCUGGGGCACCACGUUGUUCUUCUGUGGCGCAUCAUGGCAGGGCAGGCAAGUCGAGUUCGACAUCUUCCGAGCCAGCAGGGACGACACCAAGAGGUGCUUUUAUCACUGGGGGUGA